AUGGCAGACCAUCAGAGACAAAGGAUUCAUCCAGCAGCAGAUGUGGUAGCGCUGCCAACAACACCGUUGGUGCCUCGUGGUACGUCGCCCUCCGAUAAAGGAAUUCGCAUUCAGCACCUCCCUCCAUUACAGCGCGCAAUGCCUGCAAUCCGAGCAACUCCUACCAAAAACAGAAGCUGUUGUUGCAAGUGUGUAUGUUGGACAAUAAGCCUCAUUGUCCUCCUACUGAUUGCCAUUGCAGCCACGGCCGGCAUUCUCUACCUAGUUUUCAAACCAAAACUCCCCAACUACUCCAUCGACAACUUAAGGAUCAGCGACCUGAGGCUCAAUUUCGACAUGACCCUGUAUGCCAAAUUCGACGUGAUCUUCACGGCCAACAAUCCGAACAAGAAAAUCGGAAUUUAUUACAAGAAAGGAGGCAAAUUAAGUGUUUGGUACACAAAAACUAAGCUUUGUGAAGGGUCAUUGCCAGUCUUCUACCAAGGCCACCAGAACAAAACAAUGCUGAAUGUAGCAUUGACAGGCCAAAGCCAGCAUGGAAAUACGCUGAUGACAGCACUGCAGGAGCAACAACAAAUGGGACGCAUUCCCUUGGAUCUUAAGGUUCAUGCACCAAUGGCAAUUAGACUUGGCAAGUUGCAGUUGAGGAAGGUCAAAGUUUUGGGGGAAUGCUUGUUAGUGGUGGAUAGUCUAUCCACUAACAAUUUGAUCAGCAUUAAGGCCAGCAAUUGCAAGUUUAGACUAAAGCUUUAAGCAUUUCUCUUCCGUUUCUUUCAUUAUAUCCAAACAGUUUUAGAGUUUCUAUACUUUCGCCAUCACUCCAGGUCUUCAUCUGUGUUGUUUCAUUUCCCAUGUAAAGUUAUUAUUCUUUCAUGUAAGACACUAUCAAGUUGCCAGAAUGCUUCAAUAAUUACAUUCAAUUUAGUUCAGUUCGGUAUGAACCAAAAGUUGGAUUGUAAUUUUUUUUUUUCGGUGAUUAAGCGUUAUCUAAUCCGGCUGUUUACCAAAUACAAGACAUAAUAUAAUCCUCUCCAAUCCUAUACAGUCGAUUCCAGAUCCAAUAAUCCUAGGGCAUUUAAAAUGGAGAGGCAAAUGUCAAAAACGUCUCUUUUAGACGAUUACAAUAAUAUGUGGCCAAAACCAGCGGUUAUUUACUUAAGCCACCUUCAUUGAAUGGUUGGUGAACAACCAGUUCCAGUUCGA